GUGUCGGAGUGUCAGUGUCGUGUCUGAUGUCCGUAUUUCUUCUAUUUUAAAAGAAUUUUAAUAUGGUGAGACCUGUGAUGAGCUACUUAACAAUUAUAGACUAACCGAAAGUGACCAUUAUUUGGUCACAUCAUCCUCUUAGAUUAUUAAAUAAACAUUCAUGGCCAAGGUUAUUGAGCACUGCAUUCAUAUAUUAUAAAUGUUCAAUUACUUUUAGGAUAUGUUUUUUAAGGAGACAUAUGACCCAAAAUGAGGCUUAUGUACUAAGCAAACACCAUGUUAUUGGCUGUUCAAAUCAAGUAUAAACACUCUGGCAAUGUCACAGAAAUUAAGCUGCCCUCAAAUGCUUAAAUCUAGGUGCAUGUUAAUAUCAUCAUCAAUAAUCAUGGAUUUGGUAAUUUGAGUAUGGGCAAAGAAAUGGGAAAUAACAACACUUCUGCUAUCAAAGAGGAAGAUAACAUAAGUGAAGCUGAUAAAAAGAAUCUCCUAGAAGAUACUAGUGAACAUGCAAAUGAAAUAUCACAAAAAGAAAAUCAGAAUCUAACAACAUCUUUAUCCAAAGAUGUUGUGGAAAAUGGUUCAAACAUUUAUAGUGAUACAACAAUUGAACUUGGAAAAGAUGGUCAUGAUGCAGAUGAUAAUGUAGAAGAGAAAAUUCAAACUAUUUCAAUAGCUGAAUCCAAUGAUGCUGAUGAGAAAGCAAGCAUGAUUGAAAGUGAUUAUUCAUUGGAAGAAGAUACUCAUGCAAGUGAAAUAAAUAUGGAAAAUCAAAUGCAUCAAAAAUCUGAAGAGGAAGUUUUUAAGGAGAAAAGUAUAGGACUAGCUUCUGAACAUGCAACAAUGGAACUUGGAAACGUUUCGGUGCAAGAAGAACGUUGCGGAGACGAUGUGAAAGAUGAAAGUCAAAUGAUUCCAAUAGCUGAGGCCAAAGAUGUUGAAGAGAAAGAAGCUACGAGACUCGUUUCACAUGAUAUAGAAAGCAAGAAUGAAAAUAAUUCAUUGGAAGAAGGAGAUACUCAUGAAAGUGAGAUAAAUAUGGAAAAUCAAAUGCAUCCAAUUGAUGAAGAUGUUGAGGAGAAAGCUACAACUGAAGUUGGAAAAGUUUCGAUGCAAGAAGAAUGUUGCGGAGAUGAUGUGAACGAGAAAACACAAAUGAUUUUAAUAGAUGAGGCUAAAGAUGUUGAAGAGAAAGGUAUAAAACUUGUUUCACACAAUGUAGAAAGAAAGGUUGAAAAUGAUUCAUUGGAAGGAGAUGCUAAUGAAAGUGACAUAAAUAUGGAAAAUCAAAUGCAUCCAAAGCCUGAAGAGGAAGGUGUUGAGGAGAAAGCUACAACUGAACUUGGAAAAGUUUCGAUGCAAGAAGAAUGUCGCGGUGAUGAGGUCAAAGAUGUUGAAGAGAAAGCUACAGGACUCACUUCACACAAUAUAUCAAGCAAGCUUGAAAAUGAUACAUUGGAAGGCGAUGCUAAUGUAAGCGACAUAAGUAUGGAAAAUCAAAUGCAUCGAAAGUCUGAAGAUGGUAAGGAGAAAGCUACAACUGAACGUGGAAAAGUUUCGAUGCAAGAAGAAGGUCGCAGUGAUGAUGUGAAAGAGAAAAUUCAAAUGAUUCCAACAGAUGAGGCCAAACAUGUUGAAGAGAAAGUUACAGGACUCAUUUCAUACAAUGUAGAAAGCAAGCCUGAAAAUGAUACAUUGGAAGGAGAUAAUCAUGAAAGUGAUAUAAAUAUGGAGAAUCAAAUGCAUCCAAUUGAUGAAACUGAAGGUGUUGAGGAGAAAGCUAUAGUAAUGGUUUCUGACCAUACAAGAAGUUCACUUCAAAAUGACUUAUUGAAAGACAAAGAUGAUCUUGAAAUAGCUGCAGGGCUGAGUUAUGACGGCGAAACAAGUGAACUUGAAGAUGAAGAUAAAAAAGAUGGAAACACGAUAAUUCCUUUUAUGAAUGGCAUAGAUUUUCAAGGAAAAACUACCAUCUUGGCUUCUGAUGAUCCUUUGUUUCUAAGGAAUUCUUUUGGUGGUGAAGGGGAAGAAAUGGUUCAAGUCAUACAACCUGAAAAGUCUCCAUAUUCUGAAUCAGUUGAAGGUGAAAACUGUGAGAGCUUGCCAAGUUCUUCAUUUGAAAGCAAUGAAGAAUAUGAGAAGCAAGAAGACUCGUGCUUAAGAAGAAAUCCAUCUGUGACAUAUAAUCAUAACCUUAAUGAUGAGUCUUCAAUCAAACAAGAUGAAGGCGAAACAUCGGUUUUAACAUUGAAUGCUGCAAAUGCAUCAAAUGAUUCUGAACUUCAAGAAUUACUUCAAGGCAAUGAAUCACUUCUGAAAGAUACUUUACCAAAUGCAGAUUCUCAUUUUCAACAGAUUAAGCAUGAUGGUUCUGAAAAAGAUAUGGAAUAUCAAGAAAAGUUGUUAUGUGAAAACAAGUCAGAUGAAAGAGAUGAAAAUGAGUUUGUGAAUAAUACGAUAGAUACUUCAGAAAACAAUAAUAUUGAGGAUUCCAUAAACUCUAACCAUGAAGAAAAUUGCAAGGUACUUAAUGAAGAAAACAAAUUUAGCAGAAGUGGAUCAACAAAUGAGAAUCCGCGGGAUUGUAAGCAAGAUCAAUGCAUAGUGGAACUUAAAGAGUCUAAUGGAGACUGCAAUGGAGAAACACAUACAAUACUUGAUUCAAGUAUAUUUGGUAUUGCAAACAAUGAUCAAAUUGAAGAAGAUAAUGUCACCGAGAACGGAUUUCUAUUUGAUGCUUAUGUCAGUAACUCCAUCAAGGUUUCAGAUGAAAAUGCUUCUCCAGAAGAAGAAAAGUCUGUGGUUCCCGAAGUUGAAGAGUCAACUGUUGUUGCAGAGACAAACAUGUUAGAGCAAUGCAGUUCUGAUAUGAUAACUAUAAAUCAGGAAGAAACUUUUUCUUUGCAGAAUUCUUCUUCUUUGUUGCAUAUCUAUAGCUACAAUCAUGGAAAUGUAGAGCAGACCGAAAGUUUUACUGUCGCAAGCAUGCCUAAAUCAGUUCAAUCUCUGGAUUUAGUAGAUGAAGAAGCAAUUGAGAAAGAAAGGGAAGAAUAUUCACAACAUGCAGAAGCAACUUCACUGAUAGUGGAAGAGCUAACAACUUCCAUUGAAUUAAGUUCAAACAGUUCUUUAUUUGCAAAUGGUGGUUAUGAAACAAGGGACAGUGUAACAAGGCUAAGCACUGAAUCAAACCCUGAUGAUAAAAACAUCACUUGUCACAUGCAAAAAUCACCAAGCUUCAACCUCAACCUCCGAAUCGAAGCAAAGCAAGAAGAAUCGGAUCAAAUUCCAUUGCUUCGUGAGUCUGCAAAUGAUAGCUUGUCAAACAAGGCAAGUCUAAAUCUCAGCAACUCAAUGCCUCAUGAUGAAUAUGAUCACAUUGAAGAGAAAAUAGUUACUAUGGAAAGAAGUUAUUCUGAGGUAUCGAAAUCUUCAUUCAUUGGUUUUUUAAAAGAAGAAGAAGAAGCUCGUCUUUUAGUCAUGGAACAGACACAAGAUAACAAUGUUGGCUCAAAGGUGGAAGUUAAGGUAGUGUCUUCUUCUACUUCACCGAAAGGAAAAGAUAGGCGCAAUUUUCGAUCUUUUUUCUUCACAAACUGCAUGUGUUGUGCAACUGUGCCAAAUUAAAACCUUUAGAAUUACACUUUUCUGUGUUGCGAGUUUCUUUCUGAUUUAUAUUUCUUGAAGUGAAGUUUUGACGUGGAGAGAAUAUUGCUUGAUUGGUAUUUGUUCCGGCUUUAAGUCAGCUACGGUACUGUUUUUCUGAGGUAUUGUCCGUUUUUUGUGUUAUCUGAGCUGUCACGGUUUUGUGGAUCGAGAAGAGUGAGUGUUUAUAUAUUGGUAGUUUCAAUUUUCAAACAUUGUGAGAUAUUUUUAUGAACAAUAUCAUAUGUGCCAAUGAUUGUAAGUUGUAACAUUUGUUAAUUUGUUUGUUUUACAAUGAUUUUGGUGAGUUAUACCCAUAAAA